UCCUUUCCUCACAUCAUGAUGUCCCCCACGUCGGUUGGAAACCUCAUCAGCUGCAUAUGUCUAGCCAUGGCCAUAGCAACCAUAGCCCAACCGGUGCUCGAUACCGCAGGACGGGCUCUUCAACCCGGCAUAGACUACUACAUCAAACCAGCCAUAACCGACAGCGGAGGCCGUUUCACUCUGAUCAACCGAAACAAUUCCUGUCCGUUCUUUGUAGGUCAAGAAAACGUCUCAGGCCCCGUGGGCUUACCCGUGACCUUUGCUCCAUUUGCCGCGGGAGCAACUGUGGUGAGGGAGAGCCAUGACCAAAUGAUCACGUUUUCUGCGUCCACAAUAUGUGGGUCCUCGACUGCAUGGAAGGUGGGUGAGACUAAUAGAAUCACCCAAAGGAGGUUGAUUGUCGCCGGAGCACCUGAUGCAUCUGAAGGGCUGCCUUAUAGAAGCUAUUUUAUGAUAAAUAGGGUGGAGCCAGAGAGAGCUGGUGUCUACAGUCUGAGGUGGUGUCCCACUGAGGUGUGCCCCACCUGUAGGUUCAGCAACUAUGGGCCCAUCGGUGCUUUGGUUGAGAAUGGAAAGAGGUUGCUGGCCUUGCAUGGUUCUGUGCUUCCUGUUGUGUUUGAGAGGGCUUAAGGGAUCGUCUUGUUUAAAUAAUCUGCACUCUUGUUUAGGGUUGAUUGUUUUAAUAACAGGGAUCUGCAUACCCUUUUCUUCCCAUUAUACAUAAGUACUCUUGUAACAAUUUUUAUUUGAUGUGUAAUACGUAAGUUGUCAUUAGUACUGUCAUCAUAAAGAUAAAAUUAAUAAAAAAGAUUCACGUACAUUAUAAUUUUU